AGACCCUGCGGAUCCGCCUGGCCCGGCCUCCUUCACUCCCCGCCCUUCCCCAGACCGGACGCCGGAUGGUCCCCCAGGCUGGGCAGCUCCUUCCCCUGCGUGUGCGGUGCGGCGCGGCGCCGGGCGGGCGGGCAUGGAGCGGGGGGGCGGGCGGCGGCUGCUGGCGCUGCGGCUGCGGCUGCGGCUGCUGCUGCUGCUGGCGGCGGCGCAGGGCCCCGCUCCGGCCGGCGCGCAGUACGAGGAGUACAGCUUCCGCGGCUUCCCGCCGUCCGAGCUCAUGCCCCUGCAGAGCGCCUACGCCUCCGCGCUGGAGCAGUACGAGGGGGAGCGCUGGGCGGAGAGCGCCCGCGCCCUGGAGGCCAGCCUGCGCCUGCACCGCCUGCUGCGCGACAGCGAGGCGCACUGCCACCGGGCGUGCGCGGGGGGCGCCGCGGGGGGCGCCGCGCCCGAGGAGUGGGGCCGGGAGCUGGAGGUCUUCGGCCACGUCCUGCAGCGAGCCGCCUGUCUGCGGAGCUGCAAGCGCGGCCUGCCGGUCUUCCAGCUCAGCUACCCGCCGGCCGAGACGCUGCGCGACUUCCAGCGCCGUGCGCCCUACCUCUACCUGCACUACGCGCUCUUCAAGACCAAUAAGGUGGAGAAAGCCGUGUCUGCCGCUCACACCUUCCUGCAGAAGAAUCCCAAGCAUGAGAUGACGCUGAAGUACAUGAACUAUUACAAAACCAUGCUGGACGUGGACGAGUACCUCGUGGACUUGGAGGCCCAGUCCUACGAAGCGGCGUUCGUGCACUCAGUGAAGCUGUAUAACAGCGGGGAUUUCCGGAGCAGCGUUGCAGACAUGGAGCGCGCGCUGGCGGAGUAUUACAAAGCCUACGAGAGCUGCCUGGCCGGCUGCGAGGGUUCCUAUGAGCUGCGGGAGUUCAAGGACUUCUACCCGGCUAUUGCAGAUCACUUCGUGGACGUGCUGCAGUGCAAGGUGGAUUGCGAGGCUGACCUGACGCCCAACGUGGGCGGGUACUUUGUGGAGAAGUUUGUGGCCACCAUGUACCACUACCUGCAGUUUGCGUAUUACAAGCUAUGGGGUGUCUGCACCUCCUCUGCCUGGCUCCUUUACAAUGGGGGUGUCUCUGUGCCCCGUGCCCCCCACUCACACACCCCCGUGCCUGGCUCUGAUUCAGUGAACGAUGUGAAGAAUGCCGUGCAGAGCGUCUCCAGCUACAUGCUCUUCGACCCGGCGGAUGAGGUGAUGCAGCAGAACCUGGUUUAUUAUCGCUUCUACCGUGAGCGCUGGCACCUGGAGGAUGAAGACUUCAGUCCCCGCCCGGAGGCACUGCAGUAUCACAACCAGACGGCUGUGCAGAAGAAGUUGCUGGACUUUGCCAAGCAAUAUCUGCAGGCUGACGAUGAGAUGGAGCUGGCUGCGGGCGUGGAGCCGGACGGGCAGGACCUGCCCUCGGACAGCGAGUUUGAAGGCCAAGGCGACUACGAGGAGGGAUUUUUCGCUGAGUGGUGGCAGGAACCCAAGUCUAAAGGGGACAAAGCAGACCAAGAGAGGAUCCGAUGAGCAGCAUUCGUGGGGGCUGAGUGACAUCUGCAGCUGGGUCUCUGCCCCGACAGCCCUUCUGCUCCAUCAUCUCACCUGGGUCUAGGCCAAAGGGGCCAGGGGGCUGAUGGCCCCAAAUAACCUCUCCCUGUGGGAGCUGGGGGGCGAGGACCGCGCCGGGAGCAGGACUCGGGGCUCCCCCAGGCUCUGCCAUGUAUAAACACAGGCUCGCCAGGGGGUCCCGACGGGCCCGGACCUUCUGCCUUUGCCUUUUGUGCCUAAACCACCUUAAAUAAUCCAUGGACUCCUGGAUCCCAUUGGCCGAGCUCCGGCACCUCUGAACUAAUCCCAAGCGUCGCCUGCUCUUCCCAUGAGGCCUCACUUCACGGUACUUGAAUAACAGCCCCCCCGCCCCCCGCUAACACUUGAGAACCCCAGGGACCGGCCCCCUGGCAGGAUAACGAGGCUCCUUGGGGCAGGGUGGGGAUGAGUGGGAAAUGGCCCCUCUGGGCCAGUAACAGGUGUGCUGGGCUCCACAUCAGCUGCAGCCAGUGGCGCUGGGGCCGCCUGGUGGCGCUCAGCCACCUGGCGUGCUUUGGCAUCUCUCGCGAGACCAGCCCUCGGUGAGGUUACUCUCCGUUAACUUAAUGGUUCCUGCUGGGACAGUUCCUUUUUAUAUUUGUGCUAAACUUUAAUAAAAUCCUGAUGGGUCCUUUCCCUGCGGCCCCCUGCA